UUUUUUUUUUCAGAAAACAAAUUCAGAAAGACAACAUCACGUUUCACUCCAACGGCACCGUGUCCUACAGGGAGUACAGGCGGUACUUCUUCGAGCCGAGCAUGUCCUCGGGGAACGAGUCCGACGUCGUCACGAUUCCGAACAUGCUGGUGCUGGGCGCCGCGGUGAUGAUGGAAAACAUGCCCUUCGCCGUGCGUUUGAUGAUCAGCGCCACCUUCAAGACUUUCAAAGAGGGGCCCUUCCUGACCAAGACGGUGGGGGAGCUGAUGUGGGGUUAUGACAGCGGACUGGUGGAUUUCCUCAAUAAAUACCUGCCCGGCAUGCUGCCCUCCUCGGGGAAGUUCGGCCUCUUUGCCGAGUUCAACAACUCCAACACUGGCCUGUUUACCAUCCACACCGGACAGGACGACAUCAGGAAAGUCCACAAAGUGGACUCCUGGAACGGCCUUACGGAGCUGCCCUACUGGAGGACGCCUCAGUGCAACAUGAUCAACGGAACAGCUGGACAGAUGUGGCCGCCCUUCAUGACCAGAGAGAGCACGUUACCGUUCUACAGCCCCGACGCCUGCAGAUCGAUGGAGCUCGUGUACCAGCGUGACGGAGAGAUGAAGGGUAUCCCUCUGUAUCGAUUCGUUGCACCGAAGACGCUGUUCGCCAACGGGACGGAUUACGCACCCAACGAGGGCUUCUGCCCCUGCAGGCAGUCCGGGCUGCCCAACGUCAGCAGCUGCAGGCACAACUCUCCAGUCUUCAUCUCUCAUCCUCACUUCUUUAACGCCGACCCCGUGCUGCUGGACUUCGUGCAGGGCCUCAAACCGACAGAGGAAGAGCACGGACUCUUCAUAGACAUCCACCCACUGACGGGCGUCCCCCUCAACGUGUCCAUCCGUCUGCAGCUCAACCUCUACAUGAAGAGAGUGUCGGCAAUCACAGAAACUGGCAAGAUUUCAGAGGUGGUGAUGCCGAUGAUCUGGUUUGAGGAGAGCGGCUACAUCGACGGCCCCAUCCUCAGCACCUUCCACACGAACCUGGUGGUCCUUCCUGCAGUGAUGGAGUACAUGCAGUACGCCUUCAUCGCCCUCGGCCUCGCUACGAUAGUCAUCGCUGCCCUGAUGCACCACAGGCUGAAGAGGAGUAAAUGUGAAGGUGGCACCACAUCAGAUGGACACACGAGCACUUCGACCGAAGAGAAAGACCCUCUACUACGAGACGACAUGGACUGACGCACACAUAAACACACUCACACACACCGUUGUGCACUCUCCGGCGUGCCGACGUUGCUCGAGCAUCUUGACCUGAAACUCUGACGCACGGUGCUCUGCUUUGCAUAUUUCAAUAAGACUUGUGCCAUAUUUUACUAUCCUGUAAAGUUUAUGACGCUCUCGGACUCAAAGACUCACUCUCACUGGUUUUAGUGUGUUUGUGUCGAGGCUGCCGGGGUUGAGACUGUUUCGUGUCUUUAAGACCGAACGACUGAAGAUGCUCUGUCAUUUAAAACCACUUUUUUUUUUUUUACAAACAAAAAAAAGAAAUUUCCAGUGUGUUCAUUUUUGCUCUGCUCCGUGUUCGACGAUCACCAGCCGUUGAUCUGAAACAUUUUAUAGUUUUAUCACAUCAUCAGUAGACAGUUACUGUGGUGGCUAUUUUUUACUGUGAUUUUUAAAAAAAUGUUUCUGCAUCAACAAGGGAACUAAACGGGCGGAGACUGUCAGGUGUACUGUAUUUCACAACCAUUGUGCCUUUAUCAGGGAGGAAACCUCUUUAUUCAGCUUACCUCCGGGUCCUGUUAUUUCACGUGCACUGUAGGAGUUUGAACUGAAGAUUCAAACACUCCUCUGUCAACCAGUGAGCUGAGCAGUGCGCACGCAUUCCUAUUUGUAUACUACUGUCUUCUGUAUGGGUGUGAAUGUAUGUUUUUGAUGCAGUUUGGUGUCAAAUGCCUCCUUUAUUAUAAAUAAGUGAAUGAAUGAAGAGAAACGUGGAGGUAAUAAAUGUUUCUUUGUUUAAAAUCCUA